AUGUACCUCACCUUCGAACUUCAGAGGAACGAAAACACGCCGACCAGCCAAGGCGACGAACAUCACGACCCCCUCUCGCGGAGGGCUCCCUCCCCACCAAUCGUCGCACCACACCUAACACAUAAGUGCACAACCUACGAGGUCAAUGUAGAGGACACACCGAGGAGCACUAGAGGCAAAGGGAAGAGGGAGGAGCACACUUGGAUAGCACAGGACGAACCAAUUAAGUCCUUAACCAACGGCCACAUUAUCACGCUGAAAUCCCGGGGAAACGUGAUCUGCUCAGGAAGAAUCUCCGUAAUCACCGACAUCACGAAGCACUGGGUGACAAUGCUCCUAACAGGAGGACCCCGGAGAGCCAACCUCAGAGCACCAAUCCCAUGGUGUCACUUAACAAAACUGGACAGAUUCGCUCACACGAUACACUACGCUAAUCUCCCCGACAAUCCUCCCCCACAUGACGUAUUCGCGGAACGCCCCGACUUCACAAACCCGCACGAUAACCCAUACGAAUUUGACCUCGACCCCCGCGAAACACAGGGACUCUACGAGAAGUUGGGGAGGAACCAGAGACUGACGGGCAUCCUGAACCGAUCCAAAGAGAGCAUGUAA